CUACAUAAAUCACGUGACAACCAAACAUUUCGAACUUUCGUUGUCGCAACUCUCUCUCUAUAUUGCUCUGGUAUACAUUUAGUAGCUUUUAAAUUCAAAUCAUAGCAGCAAGGAGGACAUGAUCGCGCGAUAUCCGCCUUUGAUCUCGUAGCUGUCAGUCUUGAAUGCGCUUGUUAUUUCACACGUGCAGGAUCACGUGGUCUCUGACAGUGACACACACCUCCAGGUCACCUCUCUGUAGUGCAGCAAUGCUGCUCCAUUCAUUCAAAGAACCGAGGCACGUUUGAGAGGAAAGAUGCAGACAAAGAUGUUCUUCUAUGGUUUGUUUGCAGUUUCAGCAUUUCUAUGGCACGUUGUGUCUGGUCCAGACAGUGUCUCAGUGUCAGCGAUGGAGAGAGAUUCAGUCACUCUACACACUGAUGUUAAAAUAAACCAACAAGAAAAGAUUCAUUGGUAUUUUAAUGGCAUUCGUGUAGCUCAACUCAAUGGAGAUCAGAGUUAUAUCUGUACAGAUGUUCAGUGUAAUGAAGGUACUGAGAGAUUCAGAGACAGACUGAAGCUGGAUCAUCAGACUGGAUCUCUGACCAUCAUGAACAUCAGAACCACAGACUCUGGAGUUUAUAAACUACUGAUACUACGAAGUAGCAGUGACAGUGAAACGAUCUUCAGUGUUACUGUCAUUGGUGUUUCAGCUGCUGAACGAGGUGAAAUAUGUGUGAAGGAGGGAGGAAAUGUCACUCUAGAUCCUGGUGUAAUAAAAAACCCAAUCGAUUUGAUGACAUGGUAUUUUCAUGACACUUGCAUCGCUCAAAUCACUGGAGAUCAGAGUAAGAUCUGUACAGAUGAUCAGUGUGAUGUGAGAUUCAGAGGCAGACUGGAGGUGAAUCAAACUGGAUCUCUGACCAUCACAAACAUCAGAACCACAGACUCUGGACUUUAUCAUCUACAGAUCCACAGCCGCAGAUUCAGCAUCACUAGGAGCUUCAGAGUUACUGUCACUGGUUGUGUACCAUUUGUGAUCAUUGGGUGCGCAGUGCAAGGAAUGGACUAUAAAGAUGCUUGUGCACCAAAUUCAGGUCUGUAUUCAGGAAUACGCGUCACUGUUUUCCGUGGCUCUGUCAGCUGCUGUGAUUUGAUGCAGGAGAUUUACAAAGGGAGACCAGGUGAAAAAUAAGCUCGGGCAUCUGUCAAAAGUCCAAGGAUGAGUGAAUCAUUGUUUCCUUACAAACAGGAAAGCAUCACAAGACCCGACAGGAUCAUGUAUCUGCAAAAUAAUUCCCAUCGCCGCAAAUCAGCUGCAAACUUCAGCUUGUGUUGUUCAGCUUUAACCUGGAAUAAUAUUCACAUUUAUCAUUUAGCAUGCUUAUUAUAAUAAGUGCCUUGGUUUCUGGUUAUGGAUUAGUGAAGUGCUUGUGGAAGUGAUGUGUUUUCAGCUGAUUCUUGAAGGUAGAGAUGUUCUCAUCAGAUCAGAUGAAGGCUGAAUGUUUCUGGAGUGAAGCUUCUGAGGGAACCGCUAGGUGGCACUUAUUCAUAUUAAACUUUCUCUAUACAUUUAUUCAGUUCAACAAUAACCUAAUAUUACAAUUCAGUUAUCUUGAUAAAUUCAUAGAACAAAUGCUUUGUGACAAUUUAAUGGAAACACUCAAUCCUUCAUUAAUCUUGAGUUUACACAGAUCUAAAAGUGUAACAAACCUUUAAAACAAACUUACCAUGAGUUCUCAGGACAGUCAUUAUUUAAUUUCCAAAAUCUAUUAAUGGAUAAAUUUUAUGUGAAGAAGAUCUGCACUACUCUUAUUGUACUGUCAGUUUUUACUUGAUUUGUCAUGCACAUCAUCAAUGUACUGUAUUUGCACAUUAUAAUGUGAAAAGUGAAAAAUAAUUAAUAUGCAUUGUUUUGCUUCAAAACAAACUUUGUAUGACUGUGAUUCUGCACAGAACCUGUGAGAUUGGUUCAAAAGAACUAAUUUGAAAACUUUAAGGUGAAACUGAAUGGGGAAAAUACUUCCAUAUUUUAUUAAUCUGAUUGUCACUUUUGCAUUUUUUUCAUGUCUGCAUGUUUGUAUAAGUUGCU